AUGGUGGUGCCUUUGAUUUUCUUGUCACUUUUCCCUGUUCUAGGAUCAAUAAUCCCCUGUUUUGCUUCUUCUUUGGUCAGUGAUUUUCAUGUCUUGCUCACACUCAAGCAAGGCUUCAAAUUCUCCGAACCCGCUUUAAGUAGUUGGAAUUCUUCGUCGUCUCCGACGUCAGUUUGUUCCAGCUGGGUUGGGAUUCGAUGCUCUAGAGGACGUGUUGUUGCUGUGGACUUGACAGAUUUGAGUCUCUCUGGUUCUGUUUCACCUAUCAUUUCAGGCCUUGACCGGCUUUCCGACCUAUCUCUUGCCGGAAACAACUUGUCAGGAAGCAUUGAGCUUGCAAACUUGGGCAGCCUACGAUCCCUCAACAUCUCCGACAACCAGUUCAGUGGGGGCUUAGACUGGAACUUCUCCAGCAUUGCCAACUUGGAGGUUUUUGAUGUUUAUGAUAACAACUUGACCGCUCCACUUCCACUUGGGAUUUUGAACUUGAGUAAGCUCAGGUACUUGGAUCUCGGAGGCAACUUCUUCUAUGGGAAAGUCCCACCAUUGUACGGAAAUCUUGUCAGCUUGGAGUACUUGUCACUCUCAGGCAAUGAUCUUCACGGUGAAAUUCCCGGUGAGUUAGGCAAUCUCACUAACCUGAGAGAGAUCUACUUGGGCUACUACAAUGUCUUUGAAGGUGGGAUUCCCAAGGAGUUUGGGAAACUGGUGAAUCUUGUUCACAUGGAUCUUUCAAGUUGUGAACUGGAUGGACAGAUCCCUCAUGAGUUGGGGAAUUUGAAGUCCCUUGACACGCUUUACCUGCAUAUCAAUCUGCUCUCAGGCUCAAUUCCAAGGCAGUUGGGCAACUUGACAAGCUUGCUCUAUUUCGACCUCUCCAACAAUGCACUUACUGGUGAAAUUCCAUCCGAGUUUUCAAAUCUCAGACAGCUCAAGCUCUUUAACCUCUUCAUGAACCGAUUGCAUGGGUCUAUUCCAGACUACGUUGCGGAUUUGCCUGAUUUGGACACUCUGGGGCUGUGGAUGAACAACUUCACAGGCAUUAUUCCUCAGAAACUCGGCCAAAAUAGGAAGCUGCAGCUGCUGGAUUUGUCCUCAAAUAAGCUCACCGGUAAAAUACCCCCAAACUUGUGUUCAUCCAAUCAGCUAAGGAUACUAAUUCUGUUGAAAAACUUUCUGUUUGGACCAAUCCCUUCAGGCUUGGGGACUUGUUGUAGUCUUACUAGACUCAGACUGGGCCAGAAUUACCUGAAUGGUAGCAUUCCAAAUGGCUUGAUAUACUUGCCUCUGCUCAGUUUAGCAGAGUUGCAAGAUAAUUAUCUCUCUGGCACGUUGUCGGAGAAUGCCAAUAGUUCAUCACAGCCUGCACUAUUAGGCCAGCUUAUUCUCUCAAACAACCUCUUGUCCGGUAAAAUACCAUAUUCCAUUUCAAAUUUCUCUUCCCUCCAAAUCUUCUCACUCAGUGGAAAUCAGCUCUCUGGUCCAAUCCCACCAUCUAUAGGCCAACUCCAUCAAGUACUAAACCUUGAUCUUAGCCGGAAUUCACUCUCGGGUGAAAUUCCUCCGGAAAUUGGAAACUGUUUCCAUCUUACUUACCUUGACAUGAGUCAGAACAACCUCUCUGGCUCAAUCCCAUCCGAAAUCUCCAGCAUUCAUAUACUGAAUUACAUCAACAUGUCAAGAAACCACUUGAACCAGAGCAUACCAAAAUCCUUGGCAACCAUGAAGAGCCUCACAACUGCGGAUUUUUCCUUCAAUGACUUGUCGGGUAAGCUACCCGAAGCGGGGCAGUUUGCCUUCUUCAACGCUUCCUCUUUCGCUGGGAAUCCCCAGCUUUGCGGUUCCCUCCUAAACAAUCCUUGCAAUUUCACCAGCAUCACAGACUCACCCGGAAAUCCUCGGGCAGAUUUCAAGCUAAUAUUCGCAUUAGGCUUGCUCAUAUGCUCGCUAGUGUUUGCAGCUGCAGCCAUAAUGAAGGCGAAAUCGUUCAAAAGAAAAGGCCCGGAAUCAUGGAAAAUGACAGCAUUUCAGAAGGUGGAGUUCACAAUGUCGGACGUGCUGGAAUGCGUCAAGGAUGGAAAUGUGAUCGGGAGAGGAGGAGCAGGAAUUGUUUACCACGGGAAAAUGCCAAACGGGGUUGAAAUUGCAGUGAAAAAGCUUCUUGGUUUUGGUUUUGGUCUAGCUCCCAACAGCACCCAUGACGACCAUGGAUUCAGAGCCGAAAUCCAAACAUUGGGCAACAUUCGUCACAGAAACAUCGUGAGAUUGCUGGCAUUUUGCUCAAACAAGGAGACCAAUCUACUUGUUUACGAGUACAUGAGGAACGGAAGUUUAGGAGAGGCAUUGCAUGUCAACAAUAAAAAAGGUGGCCUAUUCUUGAGUUGGAAUUUGAGGUACAAAAUUGCAAUUGAAGCUGCCAAAGGCUUGUGCUAUCUCCACCAUGACUGCUCCCCAUUGAUCCUUCAUCGAGACGUCAAAUCCAACAACAUUUUGCUCAACUCCAGCUUUGAAGCACACGUGGCUGAUUUCGGCCUCGCCAAGUUCUUGAUCGACGGCGGCGGAGCAUCCCAGUGCAUGUCAGCAAUUGCAGGCUCUUACGGCUACAUUGCGCCUGAGUAUGCAUACACACUAAGGGUGGAUGAGAAAAGCGACGUAUAUAGCUUUGGUGUUGUACUGUUAGAGCUUCUAACAGGGCGUCGGCCGGUGGGUGAGUUCGGCGAAGGCAUCGACAUAGUUCAAUGGUCUAAAAAGGUGACCAAUUGUCGAAAACAAGACGCUGCAGACAUUGUUGAUCCGAGGCUCGCCAUUUCUGUGCCCAAAGAUGAAGCAAUGCACUUGUUCUUCAUUGCAAUGCAUUGUGUACAAGAAAACAGUGUUGAGAGGCCAACAAUGAGAGAAGUUGUUCAAAUGUUGUCAGAAUUUCCUCGCGCCCAUUCUCCCGACUCCUCCUCUUCUUUAAUCCCUUCCCAACAAUUCGAUAACAAACAAAAUGACAGUAAAUGUCCUCCUAAAUUUAAACAACAUAUUUUGGUUUAAGAGCAACCAUAUUAACUUGUAAUUUAUUUUCCUUAAGAGUUCUAAUAUAUGGUGCCUACAAGGGGCUUCAUUUUUAUACAGCC